ACGACGUCAGUCCACGACGCGUGCGGUGCUCACUUGGCAACAUUUAGGUGUCCGUUUCCCCCCAGAUCUUUGUUUCCAUCAAGAAUAAAAUAUCUACAUUCUCCGAGCUGAGUUGAACAGGAGGUGAACACGCGCAGUAGACUAUCAAUCCAAUAUCAGUUUCCAUAUUAACAGUAAUUUCUGUUUUGGAAUAUUGCGCACGGAUUACCCAGGAUAUGAGGAAUGGCAACGGAGUGAGGCACCUUUACCAAAAUGCCUGUUAACUGGAAUAGAACUUUUUCACCGCGUUCCUAUGGAAUAUAGUCCGAUUUUACACAAUCUACAUGUUGUGCCAUCAUCCCACGUGAAAAACAAACUAUUCGUAUUUUGCAUCAUGUUUUCCCUUUGGGUGUAUAUGAUUUAUUGCUGUGUUGGCUACUGCUCAACUAUGUCAAACUUAACGCACGGCUCAAUAAACAGACACGAAAACAAUGUAGAAGUUGACAAUCAGUAUUCUUUAGGGGCGUCCAGGGACUUACUGAAUAACGAAAACGAUUUAGACAGCAGAGGAGAAGAGUGGGAUGAAAUUAGAGGCGAAGCGAAGGCGUUGGACGAUAAUGUCAUGUCAAGUUUCCUCAACGUGUCAGAAAGUAAAAAGCUGCCCCAGGCGAUCAUCAUAGGGGUGAAGAAAGGAGGGACCCGGGCGCUGCUGGAGUUUCUGCGCCUGCAUCCAGACAUCAGGGCGGUGGGCGCAGAGCCGCACUUCUUCGACCGCAACUACGCCAAGGGACUGGAGUGGUACAGGGAAUUGAUGCCCAAGUCAUCAGAAGGCCAGCUGACCAUGGAGAAGACCCCCAGCUACUAUGUCACCAAGGAGGUUCCUGCUCGGAUCUACACCAUGUCUAAAGACACAAAGCUGAUUGUAGUUGUCAGGGAUCCUGUCACACGAGCCAUCUCCGACUACACCCAGACCCGCUCCAAGAAGCCAGACAUCCCCUCUUUUGAGAGCUUGACCUUUAAGAACAUGUCAGCAGGUCUGAUUGACACCACAUGGAGUGCUGUUCAAAUCGGCUUGUAUGCCAAGCACCUUGAGCGCUGGCUCCAGUACUUCCCUAUAGAGCAGUUGCUGUUUGUUAGUGGAGAGCGUCUCAUUAGCGAUCCUGCAGGUGAGAUGGCACAUGUCCAGGACUUUCUUGGGCUCCGACGGGUGGUCACAGAGAAGCAUUUCCACUUUAACCCAACAAAGGGCUUCCCCUGCCUAAAGAGACCCGAGAAGAACAGCAAGCCACACUGCCUGGGCAAAACCAAAGGCAGGGCCCAUCCUAGUAUAGACCCAGAGGUGGUCCAGAUGCUAAGGGACUUUUAUAAACCCUUUAAUAGCAAGUUUUACCAGAUGACUGGUCAUGACUUUGGAUGGGACUGAGAAGAAAACUAUGACAUGCUGGUUCCUUGUGUGUGAGUUUUAUAAUUUUAUCAUUCUGGGAAUAUUGUUAUACGUUGUAUAUACUGUAUAGUAUUUGGUGGAUGUGUAAAAUGUUCAGAAGUCUAUUUUAUGAUAAUUUAUUGUUAUGAUAUUAGUUUACUAAGCUGCCCAACCAGGUUUAUUCCACACUUUUUUGGUUCAGUUUUAGUUCCACUGCAAACAUAAAACCACACUGACUUCUAAAAAGCACAAUGUUUUACGGGUAUUACAAGCAGGGUCACUAUCCUUUAUUUUUUAUUUAUUUAUUUUGUUUACCAGAAAAAUGUGGGAAAACCACUUUUGCUUUUCUAGAUUUACUUCAUCUUAAGAUGAAAGACACCCUACUUCACAAACAACUGGUAAUAUCCUCUUAAUAUUUGCUUGACCCUUAGAGGUCAGUGGACCCACUUAGUCAGGUCAAGACAGGCCUCAGCUGAUCCAGUGCCACUUGCCAGGUGGAUCAAUACAGUAAUAGGUCCUCAUCAUGUCAGUUAGACCGGAGUGAUGAUGCUGCCUUCAUCUCUGAAGUACUGCAAUAAAACAUAGGUCCAUUAAUGGCAGGAGGUUUAUGGUUGACCCUUCAAGUAAAUAUAAUGAUGUAAAUUUCCACUGCAAUGUUCUGACUUAGCCACUAUUUAUACUGCCUAUAUAAAGGGAUGUUGAUUAGGAUCCAUUAGAGGCUCGGGACAUCAGACGUUUGGAAAAUGUUUAUCCUUUUUCCAAAAAUCUUCUGCAUAGGCUUCACAAUGCCUAGAAUGCUCUUUCCCAACAGAAAAUGAUUCAUAUGAGUCUCAGUCGCAGAGCUAUACUGAAAUGGCACAUACGCAUCAAGCACUGUUUUUACCACAGGUGAUACUAGAUGUGUUAAUGAUCUGCUUACCCAUGAUGCAUCAGCUGACAGAAUUAUAGUCACGGGGAAAUAAACAUUUCUUUAAAUAAUUGUGUUCUACUUCCAGUGCUAACUUGAGAGAAUUAAAACUAUCCUACCUUCCCCUAAGAUUGCUCAUUUAAACUUCAUGUAUGGUUGAGUUUUAUUCAGCCUUUAUAAACAUAUCUGUCAGCAUUUUAACAGACAUCAUUCUAUAAUGACAUAUUGUGACCUGUUGUUAUAGAGGCAAUAUUUUUCUUUACAAACAUGUUUUCAGGUUUGACACCGACAUUGAUUAAAAGG